CCGCCCCGAGGGCGGGCGGACGACGGGGCGGAGCCGGAAGGGUGCGACUGGCCCGUUGACCUCUGCCUGGUGCCCUCCUCCAGCGAUGGGCGUGCAGCCCCCCAACUUCUCCUGGGUUCUCCCGGGCCGGCUGGCGGGGCUGGCGCUGCCUCGGCUCCCCGCCCACUACCAGUUCCUGCUGGACUUGGGAGUGCGACACCUGGUGUCCCUGACCGAGCGCGGGCCCCCCUACGCCGACAGCUGUCCGGGCCUCACACUGCACCGUCUGCGCAUCCCGGACUUCUGCCCGCCAGCCCCAGACCAGAUCGACCGCUUCGUGCAGAUCGUGGACGAGGCCAACGCCCGGGGAGAGGCCGUGGGAGUGCACUGUGCCCUGGGAUUCGGCCGCACUGGCACCAUGCUGGCCUGCUACCUGGUGAAGGAGCAGGGCCUGGCUGCGGGAGACGCCAUUGCGGAAAUCCGACGUCUUCGACCCGGCUCCAUCGAGACCUAUGAGCAGGAGAAAGCAGUCUUCCAGUUCUUCCAGCGAACUAAAUAAGGGGUCUCAGCAGCUUUCUGCCAGGCUCCCACUCCCCUGCCUACACGGAAGGUAGGACCAGAGACAAAAGGAAGUGGACUCAAGCUUUAAACUCUACAGUUCCUAUCGGCUUCCCUGCGGGAGGGCCAUGAUUGACAGGGUGCCAGAGGUCCCACUGAAGUGGGGAAAAGAGGUGCCCAGUGCUGCUUUCCUUGAAUAAAUGACCUACAGGAACCAACUCAAGCUGUGCAGCACUUGCAGAGUGCCCCCACAGUUCAAGCUAGACCUGUGCUACAGGAAAGCAAAGAUCACCCCUGUUCUUUGGGUAAGGUUGCUAAGGCGCAGAGACCCAAGGUCAAGUCUAGCAAGUGGAAAGAUGGGCCAGGGCUGUGAUGCAUAUCUUCAGCCUCUUGCAGGUUCUGCAGCUCUGUGUGUAUAUUCCCUGAUAAUACUUGAAAUGAUUUCUAGGGAACUGGACUGUGGAAAGGAUGCAAAUCCCAGUGUCCCCAGGUUUCUGACAGUCACGGGUCAGCAGAACUCUGUUGAUACAGCCCAUCAGUCUCAGCCCCCCUGCACCGUGUGUGUCCCCCUGCUGCCCAUCUCCUGCCAGCCCCCUGUGGUCCUCCAGCCCCACCCCCAGACCCAGGGAUGCUGGAAUGAGACAGCCUGGGUGACUGUGCAGAGUGGAUGUUUCCUAAAUAAAAGCUCUAAGGAUCAUGA